AUGCCGUCGGAGGAUCUGGAGGAGUUGCGCGAGUUCGCGGACGCGCGGAACGCCACGCUGCGACGAGUGCAGAAGGAGGAGGAGGCGCUGUGGAUACCACACCCACCGUCGUCGUGGCCACAGUCGCCAUCGCGACAGCCACCGUUGCAGCCACCGCCAGCACCGACGCAGCAACGACAGGAACAGCCGCCGACGCCGGAGCCGCAACACCGAGAGCUGCCGCAGCCACCGACGCCGAUGCCGCAGCCGCAACCACAGCCGCCGUUGCCGCCACCGGCACUACCACCACCACGCACGCCGACACCGCCGCCACCCCAGGAUGAGGAGGGGCCCCGGUGCGAGCGGCAACAGUCCUGGGAAGUGGACCAGGCGCACGUCGCGCAGACGCUGCGCACAAUCGGCAUGGGCGGCCGCCGGUGGCACCAGCAGACGGUGACGUGGACAUGGCCCGCACCAGCGGAGGACACGCCGGAGGCCCGCGUGUGGGAAGAGGUGAGCGCGGUCGGUUGGAGGCCGGUCGAGCAGCGGGCGCGCGAGUUCGCGUCCGGACGGAGGACGAAGGCCCGGCGGAGAACCCGGAGAAGGGUCCGUGGGUGUGGCCCGCACCACCACCACCGAAACUCGCGCGGCAAGAAUCAUGCCCCGAGGCGAGACAGCCGCCGCAGCGACCCUGCCUCCGCAGGCAGGAGUCGCUAUGAGUGA